UUCACCAUAACCUGGACUUCAGUCACUAUGAAAGGCUUUGUCUUAUUCAUUAACCUUUAUCUUGGAUAACUGGAUCUUUAGAGUUUGCUUUCCAAGACAGUGAAUCCAUAACACAGGAAUUUCUCACAGGACAGUUUAGUAUAAGACAAGACUUCUAAGCUUAUGUUGAAUUUAUUUGUCCUCUUUCAGUUGUUUUCUUUGCAGCUGAUUUUAAGAGCGAUUGAAAGAAAUGGAAUCAAAUGGUGCCAGUGUUGAGUACAACCGCUGGAAUGAAGAAAACAUAAACAUGAAAGUACCCGACUCACAGCCCAAUCUGAUUCGACUCUAUAACAGACUGUGAACUGGACAGCUGGGCAUUACUGUGAAGGUGGCAGCAUUUGUUACUGUGGUAGUCGUGAUAUUCCUACUUGGAUACGUCACUGGAUACUACGUUCAUCGAUGCUGACAAGAAAACCUCAUGUUAUACACCAAACAGUUGAAUAAUGAAACAAACUGAGAGCUACUCUUUGAAAUAUGAAAUGUCGAUCAGUAUCUGUUUAUUGUUGUAUACUAGCAUUAACAAACAUUUUUAAAUAUAGUUUUUAUCAUGG